AACACAGUACGCACCACGCGCCAGGAAUUUCCCUCGCCCCUCAACACAUCGGUGCGCCGAAAUGAUACGGAUACGAAACGGUACCGCGAGCCCGAGUCGCACACACGCCGCACGAGCGACGCUAUAUAAAUAAUACUUCGCGCUAAGUGAAACCAGUCGACUUGCAGCGGCCGUACCUGUCGCGACGCACAAUGCAACGGACCUUCAGAGAUUAAAUCGUCUCGACCCCGUCGCGCCUUCUGUCUUCUAUCGCUCGUCUGCGCUCGUCUAUACCCUCCGUCUAACCAACCCCUCUCUUUCGCUCCUCAUCACUCGAUACUUGGUUACUAUUGCCGUUGCGCGCUUAUCGCAUGCAAGGAUCUAUCGGUGAUUUGACAUUGUACAACUAAGCAAAUACAUCCCUCAGGAUGUCGCACGACAAUUUGGGAUUUACAUCGAGCACGGAUGCUUUGCAGGAUUUUAAAAAGUCUUCUUCGUCUAAAAAUCAUCAUGGCUACAAAUCGACCGAGAAGAGUGACGGUAUUUAUGUUCUGGAACUCGAAGAAAAGAAAAAGAACGUAUACGAGCAGGAAAAUGAUUAUGACCCAUAUGAACAUAGAGUGGUAGAGCAUCCGACUAACAAUGCGGAAACCAUGCUUCAUCUAGUGAAGGGCAGUUUGGGUACCGGGAUCCUCGCGAUGCCGAAGGCUUUCUAUCAUGCUGGAUACGUUGUCGGCAUAAUAGCCACGAUCAUUAUAGGGCUUCUCUGCAUAUAUUGCAUGCGAAUUCUCGUUCGCUCGGAAUACGAACUGUGCAAAAGGAAAAGGGUGCCGGCCAUGACGUAUCCGGGGACUGCGGAAUCCGCUCUGCUCGAGGGACCGAUGUUCCUUAGACGGUUUUCUAAAGUCUCUAUAUACGUAGUAAAUAUCUUUCUGCUAAUCUAUCAGAUGGGCACCUGCUGCGUCUAUCUAGUUUUUAUUGCUACAAAUCUGCAAUCGGGAUUGAGCCCAUAUUUCACAAUGGAGUUGGAGAAAUACAUGGCGAUUAUCCUGAUACCCUUGAUCUUAGUUAAUUACAUCAGGAAUCUUAAAUUUUUGGCACCAUUCUCGACGCUAGCGAAUGUUAUUAUGCUUGUUGGUAUCGCUAUUAUACUCUACUAUAUCUUCCGAGAACCGUUGUCGUUCGAGGAGCGUGUGGCAUUCGGAGAGGUUACAAAUUUUCCGCUUUUCUUUGGCACUGUUCUGUUUGCUCUUGAAGCUAUUGGUGUAAUCAUGCCAUUGGAAAACGAGAUGAAAACCCCUAAAUCCUUUAUGAAACAUUGCGGUGUCCUGAACAUCUCAAUGGGCAUCAUAGUCGUGAUGUAUGCCGGCAUGGGAUUCUUCGGGUACAUGCGUUUCGGUAGCGAAAUCGCUGGCAGUAUCACGCUUAACCUAUCCGCCUAUCAAGAAAAGCUAGGAGAUGCAGUGCAAAUUCUUCUGGCUAUCGCCAUCUUCUUCACGCAUCCCAUCCAGUGUUACGUCGCCAUUGAUAUAUUAUGGAACGAGUAUAUCAGUCACUUCUUCGAGAAGUACCGUUCUAAGCUGUUCUGGGAAUAUGUAACUAGGACUGUUAUAAUUUUGAUUACCUUCGCUCUGGCGAUCUCAAUCCCGGAGUUGGAUCUCUUCAUAUCGCUGUUUGGCGCGUUUUGUCUAUCGGGCCUGGGACUGACUUUCCCGGCAAUCAUACAACUGUGCACCUUUUGGAAAGUGUUGGGACCCACCGAAAAGAAGAUUAUGGUGGCGAAGAAUACGUGUCUGAUACUGCUCGGGACCUUAGGCCUGAUUGUGGGUACCUACACGAGCCUUCGCGAAAUCAUCAAGAAGUUCUCAUCAUGAAGUAUUAAAAAAAUUGUGCGACAAAACUGUAGGGUAGUGAAGUGACAGAAUUGAAGACGGAAGAGAACAGGAAUCUUUCUUCACGAGAAAAGACGACGACGUGAUACGUAGUUAAAGUUGAUCAUUGCUAAAAGUGAGUGCAAUUAAAAAUACAAGGCGCAGAGGCAUUGAAGCCGAUGGACCGAAAUAACGUUAACUUCUUACGGCUCGUAUCACACUACGGCUUCGAUUCGUCGAGGACGGGAUGAAGUUCCUAAGUGCAUUCGUUGGUUUUUUAUGCGUGAUACACAAGACUGCGAGUGAAGAUACGGACUGUACAACGACGCGACGAGUUCUGACUCGCAUCAGCGUCAGCGUCAAUGACGGUA